UAAUACAAUUAAAACAUAAAAAAUGUAGUAUUGUUUUACCUACAAAAAUGACUAAUUAUUUGUUAAAAAUUUUAGAGUAUAUUAAAAACUAAACUCUCGUCACCUUUAAUUUUCAUGAUAUCUUUUUGACAACUUUCAAUGUCCCCGGUCAAAAUGACUUUUUCAAAAAUUAUUUACACUGUUUUAUUCUAAAUGAUAUGGCCAUUGGCCUGUUCAAGCUCAGCUACAAUCAAAGAAAAACAUUAUCAGUAAUAUUCCUAGUUUUGAAUAUUUUUGAGGUAGUACUAGGCGGUUCCAUAACUGGUCUGUCCAUAUACGUUGGAGUGUCUAUUUCUCCAUUAAUACUAACAGAAAAGGCAGAAAUCGACUUUGUUUUUGUAGUGUACGGAGUGUUUGGUGUAAAUAUCAUGAUGAAUUGGCUGAUAGGGAUUAAAAUUUGUUACAAGUGUUUUAAUCAAGCUCAUAAAAAAAGUACAAGAAGUUUACUGCUACUGUGGUAUUGUGCUGGAACCAAUACUGUAAUAAUGUUAAUAAUUAUAGCUAAUAUGUCUAGAAAAGUCAACAAACACAUAGUUAAAUCAAUGAAAAAUUCAAUUCAAAGUGGUAUGAAGAGUUAUUUGACAGACUUAGACUCAAAAGAAACCAUAGAUACUAUACAAUAUCGCCUAGAAUGUUGUGGGGAUGAAUCAUAUAAAGACUGGCAAAGUAUCGAAUGGAUGGACGACACAAUGAUUAAUACAAAAUCGAAAGAAGUUGAAGAACUACGUUUUGACAAGAACAAACUAUACCUACCUGUCAUCCCUUGGUCCUGUUGCAAAAUUCAGUAUCCGAUGCAGUGUUUUCACGAUCCCGUCCAGCAAACUGCACUCGCUAAUCUAUGGGCGGACGCUCCAGACACUAUAACUGACUCUUUGAAUGUUAAGGGAUGUGUAGAAAAAAUGAAGGCUCCACUAGGAUGGAUAAUCGACCUUAUUACCAUGGUUAUUAGUGGUAUUACGAUACUGCAUGUUAUUACAGUUCUUGUAUCAAGAAUAUUGUACACAUCAUGUCGAAAUGCUGUUUUAUUGUACGAUCCAGAGGGAAUAGCUCCAGGAUGGAUAUUUGGAAGGGGAGAUUGUGGAUAUGCCAGAGGGAAAACAUUAACUGAAAUAAUGGGAAUCACUAAUGAAAUAUUGGAACAAAGAAUAUUAGAGGAUAGGAACAAAGACAAAAGCAGAACCAGGAAAGGAUUAGACUCAAAAGGAAGCAAAUCCUACAAAUCAAACGUGACAGACGAUGGAAUUAAAUCGAAUAGUUCUAAAGUGGGGUCGUCCACUGUAGUGAAGAAGAGGCCUAAAAGUGAACUAGAAUCAGUUAUAGAGGGCGCCACUGAAACAGAAGUCAGUAGCAAAUAGCAUAUUUAAUAUUAUAUUUUUUGUUUUAAGGAUAAAUAUACACUUAUACAUAUA